AUGGCAGAGAGGAUCCUUGUCAACGAGUUCAAAAUCCUGUCCAAAGAGAAAUGGGUGGAUAUCGAAUUGAGAAACGAUGACAUUUUCAAUUGGAACGUUGCCCUGAUUGUUCUGAACCCGGACUCCCUUUAUUACGGAGGGUAUUUCAAGGGAUGCCUGGUGUUCCCGCGCAACUAUCCGUAUUCUCCACCAACUUUUAAAUUUCUUAAACCAAUAUUCCACCCGAAUGUCUAUGAAAAUGGCGAGGUCUGCAUCUCCAUCCUUCAUGCGCCCGGCGAUGACGAACUGUCGGGCGAAAGCGCCUCAGAGCGUUGGUCACCCGCCCAGCGUGUCGAAUCCGUCUUAAUCUCCAUCAUUUCCCUACUUGACGAUGCCGAGAUCAAUUCGCCCGCGAAUGUCAGCGCGAGCGUCAUGCUUAGAGACAAUCCCAACGAGUACAAGGUGCGGGUUAGCAGGGAUGUGGAAAAAUCCAAGCUUGAUAUUCCCGAGGGCUUCGUGAUGCCCACGCAUGAAACUUCCAUGGCCGAGCCUGAAAAGCCAGAAAUCGUGGACGAAGACUUCUGGAUUGAUAGCGAUUGCGGCGACGAUGACGAUAUCUUUGGUGGGAGCGACUCUGACGACAUAGAAUAUUCACACGAGGACAAUGAUUCUAGCAGCGAUGCUGAAGAAUAG